AUGUUUGGAACUGGAGGAAUGAAGGUACGCUAUAUCAAUCAAACAUCUUCAAUCGCCGGCACGAUCGCUGAGAAGUACAAAUCCCUUCACAACCAUAUGGGCGGAAAAACGGACAUUUGUAGUGGAAUUCCAAGCGAACGCGACACGAUCAAGCAGUUCAGCUGGGAUGAUAGUGUCGAGUGGAGGAAGACGGAUACGAUGCUUGUCCAAACUGGCUGCUGCUACGAGAAUGGCGGUGAGAGCAAACUGUGGGCGGAGAACGAGCCGGCAAUUGUCGGAUCGUUACUGGCAAGAACGAGGGGAAUGUUGGUGCAUACGGAUGCGAGGAGUGGCUCAAUCAUUGACUCGGUUGGGAAGGAGCGUGAGCUGGUCAAAGGCUCAAUCUUCAUCCCACUCGCCAACGGACGCUACGUGUUCAGGCUGAAGAAGGAUGGCGAAUUCUGGACAGACGUCUCCGCGGAGAUCUCUGACGCUAUCCCAUUCCAUAUUCGAGAAAUCGGCGCUCGUGGCGGGAUGAAUUUGGCGUUGAUUGCGAUGUUCGCCUUGGUGCUGCUGUUGAUUUGCUGCUUCAUCGUACGUGGCCGAUUCGUCGGGUUCUUCAACCGGAAGGGAUUGUUCCCAGGUGGAAGGGGACGAGAUGGCUUUGAGCGAAUUCCCCUCUACGAACAGGACGACGACGACGAGGAUACCGUAGUCGACAUGCACAAGUUG